AUGGCAGAAAGUUGGUGCGUAUUAUUGCUUCUCGUCUCAAGAGUCGCUACGAGCGGUUUUCCUCCGCUCGCAAUGUACAUUGGUACGGGCGGCGACGCUUUUGGCGCAGUAAGUUUACCUGUUGGAGCACAGAGUCCAUAUGGUGCAGUGCGUAUUGGUGCUGAUACGAGUAAUACGUACGAUAUUCCGAUAAUAUACAAUCAUUUUGGUGGAUAUCAUUAUGCCGACACGUAUAUCAAUGUCUUUUCACAUACCCAUAUGGUUGGCGCUGGUGUUGUUGACUACGGUGAAGUUGGUAUCUUUCCAGUUCAAGUCGAUAGCGUCGAAAAUUUACAAAAAAUGAUUGCGAACAGACACGGCUAUCGAAGUGCAUUUACGCAUGAUCGUGAACGUAUUGAGCCAGGUUAUUAUCAAGUCUAUCUUGAUACACAUAAAAUCAAUGUAGAAUUAACUGCUACGGAACAAGUUGGUGUCCAUCGGUACUCAUUUGAUAAUUUCGAUAAACGACACCGUACCAUAUUGAUUGAUAGUAGUUACACAUUAGCGACUGAUGCUUGCCGUGGAAGCCAAGUUAAUAUUGAUCCAACCAAGAAUGAAAUUGUAGCCGAUCAACAGCAGAUCACAGUUUAUGUUGGCAUUAGCUUUAUUUCCAUUGAUCAAGCACGCAUCAAUCAACAAGCACAAGCGAAACUACAACCAUUUGAUUCCGUUCGUGAAUUAGUACAACAAAAAUGGCUCAAUGAAAUAUCUCGAUUCGAGGUUAGUGCUUCAUGGAACCCUGACGCUGAAAUUAUGUUUUAUACGGCUGUUAUUCACUCGAUGAUGAGUCCGACUAUUUGGGACGAAUCUAAUGGUGUCUAUUUGGGUUUUGAUAACCAAACGCAUACUAAACCUGAUUAUAUGGAUCAUGUCUAUACAGAUCUAUCAAUAUGGGAUGUGUUUCGAACACAAAUACCUUUUAUUGUUUUUCAUGAUCCAAAACGAGCUAAUGACAUUAUUCAUUCGAUAAUGAUCAAUGUUGAACAAGGUGGUGAUUUACCAAAAUGGCCAUUUGCCAAUGGAUAUACAGAUUCUAUGUUUGGUACUCAUGCAUGUAUUUUAUUGAGUGAUUUAAUUAUGAAACGUGAACACGAUGUUCAUUUGAAUAUAACUCAAGUUCUCGAAGCAUUACGAAAGGUAGCCAAUACAGCACAAGCACAUGACAGUCGUUUCAAUCCACCUACUUAUAUAAAAUAUCAAUAUGUGCCUUUUGAGAAGGAGCGAUUUUCGGCACCAUAUACACAAAGCUACGCUUACGAUGACUGGGCGAUUGGUAAUGUUAUGACAGCUGCAGGUCUUUUUGAUGAAGCUCAACAGUAUUACAAUCGAUCUCUAUGUUCUGGUGAUUUUUUUUGUCCUUCAAGCGAUGCUGAACGGCUUAUUCCAUUCGAUUAUCGCUAUGUCGAGGGUGAUGCUUGGCACUAUCGUUUUUUUGCACCACAUAAUACACCACGCCUUAUCGAUUUAUUUGGUGACCCAAAAUCAUUUGUUCAGGAACUUGAUACAUUCUUCACUCGUGGUCGAGAAUGGACAACAACAAAAUUACCUAAUCCAUACUAUUGGCCAGGAAAUGAACAUGAUCUUUUUUCUGUUUGGCAAUUUCAUUAUGCAAACCGAUCAGAUCUUACUCAAGAACAUGCACGUUGGCUACUUGAUCAUGCUUAUACGACAAAACCAGACGGAAUACCGGGUAAUGACGAUUAUGGUACAAUGUCAGCAUGGUAUAUUUUUAGCAGUAUGGGAUUCUACCCACUGGCCGGGUCUUCUACUUAUCUAACUGGUAGUCCUGUAUUCGAUAGGAUUACCAUUCGUCGUAAUAAUGGACAAUGUACACUGAAUAUAACUGUGCAUAAUAAUUCAAAUCAAAAUAUCUAUGUUGAACAAGCUUUGCUCAAUGAUAAAGUUCUAGCAACGUUUCCAUUCAUCGAUCACGUCAAUGAUCUUCAAUGUUCAAACAAGUCAACAACGGUACAACUUGAAUUUUUCAUGUCAUCAACGCCAUCAUUAAUUUGA